UCUGUGGUCAGGGAGCCUCGGCUGAGACAGCUGCGCAGUGCUGUCAGUGUCUGCCCGGCUCUGGCCCUUCGGCCCCCUGCCCAAGAUGAUUCCUGCAGUGGCCUUGCUCUUAUUUCUCCUGGUUGAACAAGCAGAGGCCCUGGGAGAGCCUCAGCUCUGCUACAUCCUGGAUGCAAUCCUGUUUCUGUACGGCAUCAUCCUCACCCUGCUCUACUGUCGACUCAAGAUCCAGGUUCGGAAGGCAACUGCCGUCAGAUUUGAGAAAUCAGAUGGCAUUUACACGGGCCUGAGCACCCGGAAUCAGGAGACUUACGAGACUCUGAAGCAUGAUAAACCACCACAAUGACUUUAGGACAGACACCCUCAGUCCCAUCCUUCUGAUCCUGGUCCUCUUCCCAGCCCACAUGGUUGGCAUCACAGAUGCCUUUACACCCUUAAUGCCACUGGCCCUAUCCCUGUGAUGAUGCUCUGCCCCUGGUUAAUGGACACCAGUGGCUCCUUCCAUUAACAACUUCUGUUCAGAUGCUAUUUGUUAAUGUUAUAUUCUAGUCUCACUCUUUGACCCCAGCCCUCUCCUCUUCCCCAUCCUCAACCCCACUAACAAUGGAAAGGAAGUGCCACCAAUAAACUGCCAUGGACUGGGCUCUGCUCCUUCAAUCAUUUCUCACAUAUUGAUUCU